AUGAACACUGAACCAACUCUACAACAACAAGUCCCAAAUUUCUUACUUCCAACAGCAAGCUUAGACCCAAAAGCUCAACUUCUAAUAUCUACCAUUGCUGGUCAAAUCAUGAAUCCGGAAACACGAGAGAAUGGUCUUGCAUUCAUCUCAAAGUCAAUUGACAACCCAAGCUUUGCGUACGUCUUACUUCAAGUGAACCCACAACUUUAUACACAAUUUUUAUCAAGUGAAGACCCGAUGUCAUUGUCCUUUGCACUUUUCAUCAUCACCAAACUCUCGAAGAACAAACUCUUUACGGCACUCUUCAUACAACACGACCCAACUCUGUUGACUUCUUUAAAAAAUUUGGUUGCAUCACAAACGCAAAACAUCUUUAAACAGACUGUGGAAGUCCUCUACGCACUCAUCACACAAAUUAAUGACAAGUCUUUCUUUGCAGAAUUCAUUCCUCCUUUAAUCACAAAAGCUUCUUUGGAUAAAGAAAUGCGCUUGUUGUGUUCAAUGUUACUAUUAAACAUCAUUGGUAACAAGAAGAACUCCGAGAUCUUCAUUGAGAACGGUGGACUGCAAAUGGAAAAGGACGUGUUAGAGAGUUGUGAGCCACAAGAGAUCAAAAUCUUCUUAGAAAUCCUCAUCAUGUUUCAUACCGUCGAUCCUGAGAAGAAUCGGGACAUGUUGAUCACUGAGGGGUUCUUUAAAACGUUCACCUUCUUAUUUGAAAAGAUCACAGACAAAGCACAAUCGGAAAGACUCUUGUUGUUCGUCAGUCAGUUCCCAACUAGUCCCCUCUUCGCUACUAAUUGCAUAGAAAGUGGACUCUUCGACGAAAUUCUGAGGUUCCUCGACUUCGUGCCCGACAACCUACAAGGCAAAAAUUUGCAGCAGACACUCAUUAUAGUCUUUCGAAUGACUCAAGACGUCGUCGGAGUGCAAAAGUGCAGCUCUUUAAAAUUGAUCAUUAAAUUGGACGUCUUACUCAGAAACAUCGCACAGAUGCCAGAAAACAUCCAAAUCAUGGUGUUGGGAACACUCACCAAUUUACUGAAGAACCAACAAGCCGUCAAAGAGAUGAUGAUGUAUAAGAUCUAUGUCAAUAUUAAAAACACACCACCUGCUGUAUUAAAGAACAAAGCCAUCAUCUUGUGGAAGGCUCUUAUGAAACACUUUGACGAAGUUGCCGAGAUUUUGGCUGUUGUAGAUUACACUCAAGAUGACAUGCAAAAGAUAGCGGAGUACAAUUCAAAGAAAGCAAAGGCGGCGGCCAUUGUCGAUGAAUUAAUUCAGACGGAGAAAUCGUAUGUGAAACAGCUGGACAUAUGCACCCGAGUCGUCAUGAAGAAACUUGAGAAUUCAUUGCAAGAGAAAAAGGAACAGAUCUUUGGGAAUAUCCCACAGAUCUGGGGAUUCCAAUUCACAUUUGCUAAAGAACUUGAAGACACUCUUUUGGUGAAGGAAGAGGAGAAGCAAGAGUAUUCAGUCAUCAGUCAUGUUCUUUUAAAGUACUUUACACCACAGAUGGUUGACCUCUAUACGAAAUACAGUAAUAUAGCAGAUGAUGGGAUGGCACUCUUCUCAUCAUUGUCCAAAACAAAUAAAGAAGUUGAAUGUGCUGUCCGCGAGUUAAGUGCUCUAGGACAUCACGUCUCGAGUUAUUUGAUUCUUCCCAUUCAGAGAAUUCCACGGUAUGUCAUGUUAAUAGAGUCACUGAUUAAAUGCAUGCCUGAGUAUUUGGAAGAGAGUAAACACCUCAAAUUGUGCUAUGAAAAGAUUCGGGAAAUCGGGAAGGAAGUGAACGACAACAAGAGGAAGUACGAGAGCGAAAUGGCUAUUAAGAAGUGGAGCGGUCGUAUUGAUUUGAGUCAAUUCCCCAACGACGAGAGAACGUUUGUGUUUGAAAUGGACCAAGUCUUAAUGUCGGAGAAAAAAGACACUAUAGUGUGUACUAUGAUCAUUUUCUCUGAUAUUGCAGUCAUCGCCCGCACAGUAGGAAGGAAGGAAAAAUGGAAAAUUAAACAUAUUAUGAAUUUGGACGACUGGAAAAGUGUUGGAGUGACCGAUGAGAAAUUGUCGAUCUUCCAACAACACUCGGGAGUCACCGUUGAACUCUCGUGCUCGAAAAUAAACGAGUUGGAAUAUUUGGAGAACCAACUCAAGGCUGCUACUAAACAGUACAAAAUCAAUAAAUUACAUAAACAAGGUGCUCUUUGA